AUGUGGACACUACAAAUUUACGAUGACAUCUUGGAUUACUCUAAGACGGCAAAGGAGCAUGAGGAGCACUUGAGGAUUGUGCUGCAAAUCUUAAAGGAGCGAAAGUUGUACGCUAAGUUGUCAAAGUGCGAGUUCUGGAAGGAGGAAGUAAAGUUCUUAGGCCACGUGGUGAGCAAAGGAGGAAUAGCUGUAGAUCCUUCUAAGGUAGAAGAGGUCAUGGAAUGGGAAAGACCGACAACUGUGAUGGAAGUCAGGAGCUUUUUGGGUUUAGCCGAAUAUUACCGAAUAUUUAUCGAAGGAUUUUCUCGGAUUGUGCUACCAAUGAUGAAAUUAACAAGGAAAGAGGUUCCAUUUGUGUGGACAUCGGAGUGUGAAGAGAGUUUUCAAACUUUGAAGCAGAAGUUAACUUUAGUGCCAGUUUUGAUUUUGCUGGAACCGCAUAAACCAUUCGAAGUAUAUUGUGAUGCAUCACUAAAAGGUUUGGGUUGCGUGUUGAUGCAACACCGGAAUGUGGUGGCUUAUGCAUCGUGUCAACUAAGACCACAUGAGGUGAAUUAUCCAACUCAUGACCUGGAAUUAGCGGCAAUUGUGUUUGCACUGAAGAUUUGGAGAACCACUUGUACGGAGUAA